CAGAAUCCAAACAAAAAUAUAGUGUCUGGUGGGCGUAGCAGGCUCUUAUAAACCCCAGUCUUCUCCCGUCAAAACCCCCUCUCAUUUCCGUUCUUCCUCCCCAAUUCGCUCCUCUCCCUGUCUGCUUCUCAGCAAUCAUGAGCAAGGGACCUGGACUUUUCUCUGAUUUCGGCAAGAAAGCCAAAGAUUUGCUCAACAAGGACUACAGCCCCGACCAGAAGAUAACAAUCUAUUCUUCUAGUUUCUCUGGGGUGGCUCUUACUUCAAAUGUGGCUAAUAAAGGAGGCCUGUCUUCUGGAGACGUGGGAGCACGUUACAAAUACGAGAAUGCUGAAUUUGAUGUUAAACUGGAAACAGAAUCAAAUAUUGUAACAACUCUCAGUGUCACAGAUUUUCUUCCAUCCACAAAAGCUAUUGCUUCAAUUAAACUGCCUGAUUACAACUCUGGCAAGUUUGAGGUGCAAUAUCUACAUCAACAUGCUAGUUUCACUGGAGCUUUGGGUCUGAACAAGUCCCCCACUGUUGAUUUUUCAGCAGCAAUCGGUACUCCUAGCAUUGCUUUUGGUGCAGAGGCAACCUAUAUAACAGCUUCUGGUGAAUUUGCAAAGUACAACACCGGUGUGAGCUUGACAAAGCCAGAUUCCAAUGCUUCAGUGAUUCUGGCUGACAAAGGAGACUCAAUAAGGUUUUCCUAUUUACGUAACCUAAAUCAGCUGAAUGGAGGAGCUGUGGUGGGAGAGAUGAGUCGUAGGUUCUCUACUAAUGAGAACACAUUAACUGUCGGAUGUUCAUAUGUAGUUGAUCCACAGACACUGCUGAAGGCAAAGCUCAACAACCAUGGCAAUCUGGGGGCUCUUGUACAACAUGAGCUCAUGCCCAAGUCCUUCCUGACAAUUUCUGGUGCCUUUGACACCAAAGCCUUGCAGAAUACUCCCAAGUUUGGGUUGGCACUGUCUCUUAAGCCUUGAUCGGCCAUUUUUGUUUAAUGGUAGACAUGAUACAAUCAAUUUCUUUUGUAGAACUCUUAAUUUCUCUCUUCACUUUUCUACCUUUUGGCAUUCUAAUAAACUACAGUUUUUGUAAACACCAUUUGGAUAGCAUAUUUUGCUAUAGAAAAAUAUUAGCUGCAGAUUGCUUUCCUCUA